UAUUCUCCCUCCAUACGCAGCCCUAAAAUAAAUGUAUUUCCUUUCUUCUUCAAUCCGGACUGGGAGUUGGAGACGAAUUUUGUUUCUUCUCGACUUCUCUUAUCCUGCAGGGUUUUUCUUGAUCUGAGUUUACUUUAGUUUGCCAGAUUUCCAUUCCUGAAUCAUGACACAAGAAGAAAACCAAUCACAAAACCAUCAACUUCCAAUCACAUCCGCCAAACCAAAAUCCAAGAAACUCACACUAAUCCCUCUCAUUUUCCUCAUCUAUUUUGAGGUCGCCGGAGGCCCCUAUGGAGAAGAGCCUGCAGUUCAAGCAGCAGGGCCACUUUUAGCCCUUCUCGGCUUCUUCAUCUUCCCCUUCAUCUGGAGUGUCCCUGAAGCUCUCAUCACUGCCGAGCUUUCCACCGCCUUUCCAGGCGACGGUGGCUUUGUCAUCUGGGCUCACCAAGCUUUCGGACCCUUCCUCGGAUCCAUGAUGGGCUCCUGGAAAUUCCUCAGUGGAGUCAUAAACAUUGCAGCUUUUCCAGUGCUUUGCAUAACCUACCUGGAGAAAGUUUGGCCCUCCAUGGAAUCAGGCUGGCCUAGAUAUCUUGCAAUUAUGGUAUCAACUUGUGUGCUUUCUUUUCUCAACUACACAGGCUUAGUAAUUGUCGGUUUUGCUGCUAUUUUCCUAGGGGUUGUUUCUCUUUCUCCUUUCGUAUUAAUGUCUCUCAUUUCCAUCCCAAAAAUUCACCCACACAGAUGGCUGAGUUUAGGCCAGAAGGGGGUUAAAAAAGAUUGGAACUUGUUCUUCAACACCCUCUUUUGGAACUUGAAUUUUUGGGAUAAUGUCAGUACUUUAGCUGGAGAAGUAGAUAAACCUCAAAAAACAUUUCCCAAAGCGCUUCUAGUGGCUGUGAUUUUCACUUGUUUAGCCUAUUUUAUCCCUCUUCUUGCCGUCACUGGAGCUGUUUCCGUCGAUCAAAAUCAAUGGGAAUCCGGGUUCCACGCUACCGCAGCUGAAAUCAUCGCUGGAAAAUGGUUAAAAUACUGGAUUGAAGUGGGGGCAGUCCUGUCUGCAAUUGGGUUAUUUGAGGCUCAAUUAAGCAGCUGUGCGUAUCAGCUUUUAGGCAUGGCGAAUCUGGGGUCCUUACCAAAAUUCUUUGCUUCAAGAGCAAAAUGGUUCGACACUCCAUGGGUGGGAAUUUUGCUGUCAACAUUGAUCACACUUGGAGUUUCAUAUAUGGAUUUCACAGACAUAAUUUCAUCAGCCAAUUUUUUAUACAGUUUGGGGAUGCUGCUAGAAUUUGCCUCAUUUUUAUGGCUGAGGAGGAAGUUGCCGCAAUUAAAUAGGCCCUUCAAGGUACCACUGAGUCCGCCGGGAUUGGUGGUUAUGUGCCUAAUUCCAUCUGGGUUUUUGGUUGUGAUUAUGGUGAUUGCAACAAAGACUGUGUAUUUGGUGAGCGGGUUGAUGACAUUGGGAGCCAUUGGAUGGUACUUCUUGAUGAAGCUUUUCAAGUCAAAGAACAUAUUCAAGUUCAACAAUGGUGAUGGAGCAGUAGAAGCUGGAGAAUGAUCUGUGGCUUUUUGACUUUUUCCAUAAGUGCUUUUGAAUAAAAAAAUGACUUGGUUACCACACAUGUAUGGGAGCCAAAAAAAUCAUAUAGAUUAGAAUAUAUCCUUGUACUCUUUCCUUUUGAUUUCUUGUUUUUUUUAACCUUAUUUUAUCUUGUACACUCUAUAAAACUAGAAUUAUAUAGAGAUUUGCUUAGUAUUUCAA